GACAUCAGCAGUGACGUCGGCAGGGCCGCGCGCAGCCGUUACCGGUGGAAAGAAGAUGGUGCUCAUCAAAGAAUACCGUGUGGUCUUGCCGUGCUCCGUGGGAGAGUAUCAAGUCGGGCAACUCUUCUCAGUGGCCGAGGCCAGUAAAAACGAGACGGGUGGCGGAGAGGGUAUUGAAGUGCUGAAGAAUGAACCCUAUGAGAAAGAGGGCGAGAAAGGACAAUACACACACAAAAUCUACCACUUGAAGAGUAAAGUGCCAGGCUUUGUGAAGAUGAUCGCACCAGAGGGGGCUUUAGUUUUCCAUGAAAAAGCCUGGAAUGCUUAUCCGUACUGCCGCACAAUUGUGACUAAUGAAUACAUGAAAGAUGACUUCAUGAUUAAAAUCGAAACAUGGCACAAACCCGACAUGGGAUCUUUAGAAAAUGUACAUGAAUUGGACCCCACCACAUGGAAGACAGUAGAGGUUGUGCAUAUUGAUAUAGCGGAUCGCUCCCAAGUUGAACCCGGAGACUAUAAGCAGCAAGAAGACCCAGAAAUCUUUCAUUCAGAGAAAACUGGCAGAGGGCCUUUAGGACCAGACUGGAAGAAAGAACUCUUGGCCAAGCCAGACGCCCCUCGUAUGUGUGCCUAUAAGCUAGUCACUAUCAAGUUCAAGUGGUGGGGCCUUCAAACCAAAGUAGAAAACUUCAUACACAAGCAAGAGAAGAGAAUCUUCACAAACUUCCACCGUCAGCUUUUCUGUUGGAUUGACAACUGGGUGGAGCUGACCAUGGAGGAUAUCCGCCGAAUGGAGGAGAUGACACAGAGAGAGCUGGAGGAGCUUCGUAAAACUGGUCCGGUUCGAGGCACCAGUGCUGCUCACGAACAAUGAGCCAAAACGAAACAAUCCUACCACAAACGACGUUUGACGAGUGACAUUACUGCAUUCAACCAACCGGCCAGUGGUGGCGCUGUUCUCCACCAGACUGAAGAAUGACACAAUGAUCAGUAGUACUGUAUACACCUCCUGUACGACAUUCACCUGCCAACAGGCAGAAAACACUUUUACACUGGACAACAUUUUGCCUGUUUUCUAAACCGACGAGAUCGUCGGGCAGGUUUAUCCAGUGACAUUUGCCAUUUUACUAGGAGUUUUACAAAUAUCAGAGUAUUGCUGAAUGGUUGUGUUGUUCUAUUGCAUUACUUAAUUUUGACAGGAAUUGGACCAAUUAAUUGUUGUGUUUGGUUAUUUGUUUGUAAUGGUUUGAAUCUUUUUUUCCCCAUUUCUGUUUUUAACCCCCACCCCCAACACACACACACACACCAGAUAAAACACUUCUUUUGGUUAUUUACAUUUUAAAUAAUUUUUUAAGGUUUUUUUUCCCGAUUUUCACUCGUUGUAUCAGCAUAAUCCUGCCUUUCAUCUUCAUGUUUUUAUAAGUAAUGUGUUAUGCUGUUGCACGCUUGGAGAAUUUCCCAGCUACAAAAGCAAGCAUGCACAUUUGCUGCGUGUAAAAACACGUUCACAGGCCACCGAAGCUUCACAUGAACUCAGGCAUGUUAGCUGCUGUUUUUGAGAGGGUCUCCGUGUUUUCAAAGACCCUCAAAGAUGAAACCUCAGGACUAUUCAAAUGAACAUUGUUUACCCUCCAGAAUCCAGACUUGUGCAAAUGCUGCUGCUUUUCUAGAGUCACUGUAGGACAGGAAGUGCUUUUAUAUUGCUAAUCUACCUGUAACGCUGUGCUGAAUGUGUGCGUAGAUGCCUCAACAGAUGAUGUAGUCUUUGGUUGAAGAGAAGAACUUUAAAAGGCAUUAAAAAUAUAUAUAUAUAUAUAUUUAGCUGAGAUUCAUUUCUGUAUCAUACUCGGUUCAAGUUGACUGAGGAUCUAAUGUGCAGGUCAGAUCGGAUUUUACCCUAAAAGGAUAAAACUAAUUUUCUUUUGAAUGAAGAAAAUGAAGCCUAUGUCCAGGAUCUUUAAGAUUUGUAUUGUUAAAUUUUUUUGUUUCCAUAACAUUUAUGCGCAUUUACACUAAAUUCUCGUUAAUACAUCCCAAUGUUUUAUUUGAGUUUCUUUUGCAUUAUUCUCAAUGGUGAUUCGCAUUAAAUUCUCAUUGCGAUUUAAUAGUGUGU